AUGGGCAAGGUUAUCUUCUAUGAGGACAGGAACUUCAUGGGGCGCUCCUAUGAGUGCACCGGUGAUUGUUCCGAUAUGCACUCUUACAUGAGCCGCUGCCACUCCUGCAGGGUGGAGAGCGGCUGCUGGAUGGUCUACGACCGCACCAACUUCAUGGGAAACCAGUAUUUCAUGAGGAGGGGCGAGUACGCUGACUACAUGAGCAUGUGGGGCUGGGGCAACAACUGCAUCAGGUCCUGCCGCAUGAUCCCCAUGCACAGAGGAUCCUACAGAAUGAGGAUCUACGAGAGGGACAACUUCAUGGGUCAGAUGUAUGAGAUGUCGGACGACUGCGAUUCCUUCAUGGAUCGUUACCACUGGUCCAACGGCUGCAUGUCCUGCCAUGUGAUGGACGGCCACUGGCUCAUGUACGAGUAUCCCCACUACAGAGGCAGGAUGUGGUACUUCAGGCCUGGAGAGUACAGGAACUUCAGAGACUAUGGUGGCAUGAGGUUCAUGAGCAUGAGGCGCAUCAUGGAUUCCUGGUAUUAAAAGCAAUCAGGUUUAUUGUUGUAGCCUUUGCAAA